ACUUCAUCGCAUCCGUGGAUUGCCAUCGCCUUCUCGACCCAGCGACAACCCCGCAUCUCCCUUCCAUUUGCCGCACACAUCAUGGGCUGCGACGGAGGAAGCAUCCCAACACGCAGCGAGCUUGUCAAGACCAAGCAAAAGGAGCAGCUCCCGGACGCCCAGGCGCAGCAGUAUGCCGCCUGGUUCACCUGCACGCUGUCCAAGCGGCCACUCAAGGCUCCAAUCGUGGCCGAUAAUCUCGGCAAGCUGUACAACAAAGAUGCCAUCCUCGAGUUCCUGCUUGACCGGAAGGCUUACGGCGACGGCGACGUGCUAUGCAGCCACAUUUCGUCCCUCAAGGAUCUGAUCUCUCUGAAUCUGUCCCCGAACCCGGCAUACUUGGAGAAGGAGAGUGCGUCCCAGUCGGCCGCUCUCCUGACGAUCGUCAAGGACACCAUUCCAAUGUCUCAGUUCGCCUGUCCCGUCACGAUGAAGGAGAUGAAUGGAAACAGCCGGUUCUCGUUCAUCGCCUCCUGCGGAUGCGUCCUCUCAGAGCAAGCCUUCAAGGAGAUCCCCUCGGACACCUGUCUCAAAUGCAACCAGCCCUUCAGCGCCGAUGACGUUGUUCCGAUCAACUCGCUCAAGCCCGAGGAGGUCGAGCGCCUGCAGACCCGGAUGGAGGCUCUUCGAGCCAAGCGGCUGGAGCAGGAGGCCGAGCGCAAGCGGCUGAAGCAGCUCGAGAAGAAGCAAAAGAAGCAGGCCGCAGCGGCCCAAGGCGACGGCCCUUCCUCCGAGCAGCAUCUCGCGGCAGAGAAGAAAAAGCGCAAACGUGCGGACGACGAAAAAGAGGCUGUCGCCAGCUCGGCAUUAGCACCGGCAUCGGCUCCGGCCAUAGCGGUCUCUGCAAAGCGGCUGGCUGAAGUCAAACCCCGCAUCAACAUGCCGCUGCCGAACCUGAACGACCCGGCGCUUGCGUCCGAGCGGCUCAAGUCAAAGUCCAAGGUCAUCCAGAGCCUCUACAAAAAGGCGGACGAGAAAGAGGCCAACUUUUUGGUCCGGGGCACGUUCAGUCGGUUUUGAGCCAGCCGGCCUGGAGGCCAGUCAUCUUCAGCCCGUUAGAUCGAUAUUCCGAUGGCAUCGUUGGGACUCUGGCUGGCUUCAACAAGACACCCGUAUCAUCCCGCUCUCCACCCUACCCGCCGCCGAGUGAGCCCGCGACUAUUCUCGCUGUUGGCCCGGUUUGUACCCUGCCUCCCCCUUCCCAGCACAGUGGACAGCACAUGCAGCAAAGGCCCCCAGCAUCAUCGAUCGCACCGGACCGAGCCUGCCGCAUUCGACCUUUGAUGCUCUCUGUCUGGUGAAUGCCAAUUGAUCGAUACAGUCAAGCCAAAAAGGAACGGGACAGUCCCCAGUGAGCAAGCCGUGCGAUUGUUUCCCGUCCUAGUCAGCAAUCGCUUUGUUUUCGUUGGUUUGGGAAGCAUGGUCUUGAAUACACUCGUUCGAUCUCCUGUGGCGGCAAUCGACUGGUAAU